GCAAAGGGGAGCUGAAAUUCGUCAUUUCUCAAGGAGAAGAUGAAUGAGAGAGGAGGAGAUGCUAAUGGAAGAGGAGCUGUAGCUGAGAAGACAAGUGAGCCGCCGCCAUCAAAAGUUGAAGCUUUGGAUGGCUCCAACUAUGAGGAAUGGAGCGGACGGAUGAGGAGUGCCUUCAAACGCUACAAGCUACUGAAGAUUGCUGUUGGGGAAGAGAAGAUGCCAGAAGAAGGCGAAGCACGCGAACCGUGGAUUGAGAAAAGCGCGGUGCUUUUCGACCUCAUCCUUCAAUCGGUCAACAAGGAGAUGUUCGAGCACAUCAAGGAUCUUGUGGAAGCGGAUGAUUCGGGUCCAAGGGCGUGGAAACUACUACGCGAUGUGAUUCAGCCCAACACUCUCCCGAUGGUGAUCGUGCUCGAGAAGGAACUUGCUGCCAUCUCCAUGCGACCAGGGGACGAUGUGAAGCCGGUCCUUGACAAGAUCAAGAACACCUAUGCAAGGAUGGCAGCAGCGGGCAGCAGUGUAUCUCAGCUGCAGCAGUGCACCAAGAUCAUCUCGGUGUUGGACAACUCUUGGGACAACCUCAUCCCCACCCUCAACUCUCAGCAAGAUCAAUGGACACCUGAGUGGCUAAGGCAGCAGAUUCUGCAGGAGGACUUCCGCAGACGCCAUGUGGGAGGCGGUGCUGCCACUAAGACUGCUGAGGGGUAUGGAGCUGCAGGGCGCGGCAAAGGAAGAGGGGGUUGGAAAGGCCGAGGCCGUGGGAGAAGCUUUGGCAGAGGUAGAGGCCGAGGUGACUAUAAUGAGGGGCAUGGGAGCUCCAGUGGCAGGGGGAGUACCAGAAUGGAGGGCACCUGCUGGUACUGCAAGAAGAGGGAAUGCGGACACAAGGUGAAGGUGAUCCGCAGUGACAAUGGUGGGGAGUUCAUUGGAGCUGAUUUUGAGGGGGAGUUGAAGAGGAAGGGGAUCCAGCAUCAACUGACAGUGCCCUACAACCCGCAGCAGAAUGGCGUGGCUGAGAGGUUCAACAGGACCCUGCAGGAGGGGGCACGCACUCUCCUUGGGCGUGCAGGGCUGCCUGAUCCGUUUUGGGUGUCUGCAUUGAGGCAGGUCGCCCUUGUGAAGAAUAGGGUGCUGGCUACAGUUGGGGAUAAGGAGUGGAUCCCAUAUGUCAAGUGGUAUGGGAGUGCUCCAGCUGUGAACAUGCUGAGGGCAUUUGGGUGCAUGGUAGUGUUUCAUGUGCCUAAGGAGAAAAGAGGGAAGUUGGAGGCUUCUGGAAGAUGGGGUGUGCACUUGGGGAUUGCAAAGGAUCACAAAGCGUGGCUGCUAUGGGACUUGACCACCCAGAAGCUGACAGUGUCAAGGGAUGUGAAGUUUCUUGAGUCCCUGUACUACAAGGAAUGGAAGCAGCAGCAACAGAAGCUUCCAUCUACACCGCUCAUUGUGGAGGUAGAUGAGGUGCAGCAGCCUUCAAGACAGGUGGAGGUUGCAGUGUCAGAGGAGGAGAUGUCUGGGGUGACUGAGGAAGGGGGAGCAGCUGAAGUAGAGCAGCAGCAGCAGCAGCAGCAUGAGUCUCCACCUCGAGUUCCACACCCGCCUGAGCGACCUAGGAGGGAUGUGCGCCCUCCAGUGAGGCUGACCUAUGGGGGAAGAGGCAAGCCGAAUGUGGUGCAGGCUGGGAGUGUGGUUGAGCAGAUUGAGGAAGAUGAGAUUGCAUUAUGCUAUUGGGCUGCAAUUCCUCAACCCAAGGUACUGACGCUAGCUUCAACUCAGUGAAAGCGGAUGGCACCAGCAUUGGGGGAUAUGUGUGCUUGCUAGGAGGUGGUGCUGUGAGCUGGCGCAGCAAGAAGCAGAAUGAGGUGGGAUUGUCCUCAUGUGAGACUGAGUACAUGGCCUUACACCAUGGGGCCAAGGAAGUGGUGUGGCUGAGGCGCUUGUUGGAGGAGUUGGGAGUUGGUCAGGAGGAGCCGACAGUUGUGUUCUGUGACAAUGAGUCUGCUGUGAAGCUCGCCAAGAAUGCUUGUCUGCAUGGGCUGACAAAACACAUAAGGCCUAAGUGGCAUUGGGUGAGGAGACUCCUCAAUAAGGAGGUGCGGCUGGAGAUAGUGAAGACCCAUCAGCAGGCAGCAGAUAUUUUCACCAAGCGUCUGGCGGAGGCGGAUCAUUGGAAGGGCAUGAAGCUUGCUGGGAUGAGUGUGCAUUGAGUAUGCAUGCUUGAGAUGUUGGUAUGGUGGAUGAUGGUUGGCA